CCGAGGCGGGAGUCCGAGUGCGCGCGGGUUCCGCAGACGCUCUCCUGGUUCUUUCCGUCGCCGGCUCGCAGUCCCGGGUCGGCCUCCGCCCCGUACGCCUGCCGGGAAGGAAACCCGUGAGAAGGCUCUCGCCACAGCCGACACCUGGUCGGCCCUCGCUCUCCGGACCUUUUGGGGCUUCCGUGGCUUCUUGGUCCCUCGCUGGCCCAGGCGCCAGGCACUUGGUGUUGAGUUACGAAACGUUUGCAAACAUGUCCCGGAUUGAAAAGAUGAGCAUUCUGGGCGUGCGGAGUUUUGGAAUAGAGGACAAAGAUAAGCAAAUUAUCACUUUCUUCACCCCCCUCACAAUUUUGGUUGGACCCAAUGGGGCGGGGAAGACGACCAUCAUAGAAUGUCUAAAAUAUAUUUGUACUGGAGAUUUCCCUCCUGGAACCAAAGGAAAUACAUUUGUUCAUGAUCCCAAGGUUGCUCAAGAAACAGAUGUGAGAGCCCAGAUUCGUCUACAGUUUCGUGAUGUCAAUGGAGAAUGUAUAGCUGUGCAGCGAUCUAUGGUGUGUUCUCAGAAGAGCAAAAAGACAGAAUUUAAAACCCUGGAAGGAGUUAUUACUAGAACAAAGCAUGGUGAAAAGGUCAGUCUCAGCUCUAAGUGUGCAGAAAUUGACCGAGAAAUGAUAAGUGCACUUGGGGUUUCUAAGUCUGUGCUAAAUAAUGUCAUUUUCUGUCACCAAGAAGACUCUAAUUGGCCUUUAAGUGAAGGAAAGGCACUGAAGCAAAAGUUUGAUGAGAUUUUUUCAGCAACAAGGUAUAUCAAAGCCUUGGAAACACUUCGUCAGGUACGUCAGACACAAGGUCAGAAAGUAAAAGAAUGUCAGACAGAACUGAAAUAUCUGAAGCAAAACAAGGAAAAAGCUUGUGAAAUUCGUGAUCAGAUUACUAGUAAGGAAGCCCAGUUAAUAUCUUCAAAGGAAAUCAUCAAAUCCUAUGAAAAUGAACUUGAGCCAUUGGAGAAUCGCCUAGAAGCAAUUGAACAUAAUCUCUCUAAAAUAAUGAGACUUGAUAAUGAAAUUAAAGCCUUAGAAAGCCGAAAAAAGCAAAUGGAGAAAGAUAACAGUGAACUAGAACAGAAAAUGGAAAAGGUUUUUCAAGGUACUGAUGAGCAACUUAAUGACUUAUAUCACAAUCAUCAGAGAACAGUAAGGGAAAAAGAAAGGAGAUUAGUAGACUGUCAGCGUGAACUGGAAAAAUUAAAUAAAGAAUCUAGGCUUCUCAAUCAAGAAAAGUCAGAACUGCUUGUUGAACAAGGCCGCCUACAGCUACAAGCAGAUCGCCAUCAAGAACAUAUCCGAGCUAGAGAUUCAUUAAUUCAGUCACUGGCAACACACCUGGAAUUGGAGGGCUUUGAACGUGGACCAUUCAGUGACAGACAGAUUAAAAAUUUUCACAAAUUAGUGAGAGAGAGACAAGAACAGGAAGCAGAAACUGCCAAGCAGCUAAUGAAUGACUUUGCAGAAAAAGAAACUCUGAAACAAAAACAGAUAGAUGAGAUAAGGGAUAAGAAGACAGGACUCGGAAGAAUAAUGGAACUAAAAUCAGAAAUCCUAAGUAAGAAGCAAAAUGAGCUGAGAAGCGUCAAAUAUGAAUUACAGCAGUUGGAAGGAUCUUCAGACAGGAUUCUUGAACUGGACCGGGAGCUCACAAAAGCUGAAGAUGAGUUAAGCAAGGCUGAGAAAAACAGCAAUAUAGAAACCCUAAAAACAGAAGUGAUAAGCCUUCAAAAUGAGAAAGCAGACCUAGACAAGACCUUGCGUAAAUUGGACCAGGAGAUGGAGCAGUUAAAUCAUCACACGACAACCCGUACCCAGAUGGAGAUGUUAACUAAAGACAAAGCUGACAAAGAUGAACAAAUUAGAAAAAUAAAAUCUAGGCAUAGUGAUGAAUUAACUUUACUGUUGGGAUAUUUUCCUAACAAAAAACAGCUUGAAGAUUGGCUUCAUAGUAAAUCAAAAGAAAUUAAUCAGACCAGGGAUAGACUUGCCAAAUUGAACAAGGAACUAGCUUCAGCUGAGCAAAAUAAAAAUCAUAUAAGUAAUGAGCUAAAAAGAAAGGAAGAGCAGUUGUCCAACUACGAAGACAAGCUAUUUGAUGUUUGUGGUAGCCAGGAUUUUGAAAAUGAUUUAGACAGGCUUAAAGAGGAUAUUGAAAAAUCUUCGAAACAGCGAGCUAUGCUGGCUGGAGCCACAGCAGUUUACUCUCAGUUCAUUACUCAGCUAACAGAUGAAAACGAAUCAUGUUGCCCUGUCUGUCAGAGAGUUUUUCAAACAGAGGCUGAAUUACAAGAAGUCAUCAGUGAUUUGCAGUCUAAGCUGCGGCUUGCUCCUGAUAAACUCAAGUCAACAGAGUUAGAGCUAAAGAAAAAAGAAAAGCGUCGAGAUGAAAUGCUAGGGCUUGUGCCCAUGAGGCAAAACAUAAUUGAUUUGAAGGAGAAGGAAAUACCAGAAUUAAGAAACAAACUGCAGAAUGUCAAUAGAGACAUACAGCGCCUAAAGAAUGACAUAGAAGAACAGGAAACACUCUUGGGUACAAUAAUACCAGAGGAAGAAAGUGCUAAAGUAUGUCUGACAGAUGUUACAAUUAUGGAGAGGUUCCAGAUGGAACUUAAAGAUGUUGAAAGAAAAAUUGCACAACAGGCAGCUAAACUACAAGGAAUAGAUUUGGAUCGAACUGUUCAACAAGUAAACAAGGAGAAACAAGAAAAACAACACAAAUUAGAUACAGUUUCCAGUAAGAUUGAAUUGAAUCGUAAGCUUAUACAGGACCAGCAGGAACAAAUACAACACCUAAAAAGUACAACAAAUGAGCUUAAAUCAGAGAAACUUCAGAUAGCCACUAAUUUGCAACAUCGUCAGCAGCUUGAGGAGCAAACUGUGGAAUUAUCCACUGAAGUUCAGUGUUUACACAGAGAGAUAAAGGAUGCUAAAGAGCAAGUAAACCCUUUGGAAACAACAUUGGAAAGGUUCCAACAGGAAAAAGAAGAAUUAAUCAACAAAAAACAAGCAAGCAACAAAAUAGCACAGGAUAAACUGAAUGAUAUCAAAGAGAAGGUUAAAAAUAUUCAUGGCUAUGUGAAAGACAUUGAGAAUUACAUUCAGGAUGGAAAAGAUGACUAUAAGAAGCAAAAAGAAACUGAACUUAAUACAGUAAUAGAUCAACUAAGUGAAUGUGACAAACAAAAAGAAAAGAUAAAUAAAGAAAUGGGAAUCAUGAGACAAGAUAUUGAUACACAGAAGAUACAAGAAAGGUGGCUACAGGAUAACCUUACUUUAAGAAAAAGAAAUGAGGAGCUAAAAGAAGUUGAAGAAGAAAGAAAACAACAUUUGAAAGAAAUGGGUCAAAUGCAGGUUUUGCAGAUGAAAAGUGAACAUCAGAAGUUAAAAGUGAAUCUAGACGAUAUAAAAAGAAAUCGUGAUUUGGCAUUAGGGCGACAGAAAGGAUAUGAGGAAGAAAUUAUUCGUUUUAAGAAAGAACUCCGAGAACCUCAGUUUCGGGAUGCUGAAGAGAAGUAUAGAGAAAUGAUGAUUGUCAUGAGAACUACAGAGCUUGUGAACAAGGAUCUGGACAUUUAUUAUAAGACCCUUGACCAAGCAAUAAUGAAAUUUCACAGUAUGAAAAUGGAAGAAAUCAAUAAAAUUAUUCGUGAUCUUUGGCGAAGUACCUAUCGUGGACAAGAUAUUGAGUACAUAGAAAUCCGCUCUGAUGCUGAUGAGAACGUGUCAGCCUCUGAUAGAAGGCGGAAUUAUAAUUACCGAGUGGUGAUGCUGAAAGGAGAUACGGCUUUGGACAUGCGAGGACGAUGCAGUGCUGGACAAAAGGUGUUGGCCUCCCUCAUCAUCCGCCUCGCACUGGCUGAAACAUUCUGCCUGAACUGUGGCAUCCUUGCCUUGGAUGAGCCAACGACCAAUCUUGACCGAGAAAACAUUGAAUCUCUUGCACAUGCUCUGGUUGAGAUAAUAAAAAGUCGCUCACAGCAGCGUAACUUCCAGCUUCUGAUAAUCACUCACGAUGAAGAUUUUGUGGAACUCCUGGGACGUUCUGAAUAUGUGGAAAAAUUCUACAGGAUUAAGAAGAAUAUUGAUCAGUGUUCAGAGAUUGUGAGCCUGCGGGACUCGGGAGCAGCACAGCUGGACCCGGCCUAUUUCCAAGUCUGGGAAUGUGUGGCUCUUCAGCAGACGGUACGCACUUCUGACAUUUUGAAACUCCUGCUAAAUAGUAUAUCUGAAUGUAUUUCCUUGCAUGCGUUUAAAGAAGACCUGAGCUAUCAGUAUUCAUGUCUGGCCCUGCUUUAACCUUAUAAAUCAUGCAAGUGACCUCCCUGUCUUGGCUUUCUUUAAGCUGAAUGGGGGGGGGUCUCAAGGUUUGAUAGGAAUUUUCAAUAAUUAUCUAAUUGAACACUCACCAUCUUUCCUCCCCACACAUCCCUGCCAGUCAUCCUGACUCAGGGCUCAGAGUGGGGAAAGAGGAAAUUUCUCACUUCAGGCCUUGUCAGUCUGCUCUGUCACCUGUGAAUUGGCUCAACUUCACCCUCAAUCGCAGCUACUCUACCAGGGCAGAUGCCGGUAUGGGAACUGAGCCAGGCUCACCCACAGGCGUGCCCUCCUCCCAGUGCUCCAGUCACCAGUUCAGAUGAAGCCCAGUCACACUUGGCCCUGAAAUUGUUGGCUAGCCUUUUGCACACAUGGCUGUACAAGGUACAAUCAAGUCAUACACUUUUGAAUUCACUGUGUGGAGUUUUGUCUCUCAAAGUGAGUCACCCUUCAACAGCCUCUCCCAACUAGAAUGCAGAGGAGGAUCGUGCCGCAAAGUCCUAGAUAUGUGUGCGGGGCUCAGUAGUGGCCUGCACUGUUAUGGAUGGAAGUCCUCAUUUCUGGAACCUGUCGGUGUUACUUUAUGUAGCAAAGGGGACUCUGCAGAUGUGAUAAAGCUGUGGAUCUUGAGAUACAAAGGUUACCCUAGUGGGUCCUAAAGGUGAUCAUGAGUAUCCCCAAUAACAGUGGUGGAUGUUGGGCUAAGGAGGUGGCCUCGUGUUGGUGGAUGCAGACUGGAGUGAGGUCACAUUGACGAUAGAGGAAGGGGCUACAAAGCCAAGGGAUUUGGGCAAUUAAAAGUAAAAAAGCUAAAGCAGCAGAUUUCCCCUCAGAGACUUCAGGAGGGGCCAACCCUGCUGACACCUAGAUUUGAGCUCACAUGUUAAACUGCUGCAUUUACGGUAAUUUAUUCCAGCAGCACUAAGAAACACAGUAGCAUCUAAAAUAAUACUAGUUAUGCACUGUCCUUGAAGGAACUGAGAGAGGAUUGCUGAUUUAACUCAUGCUGUAUUCAGCAGUUCACAUGAAAAAGCCUGGUUAAAAAUGGGGCUCCGGGCCCUCAUCCAAGCCCAUUUGGGGAGGGGCAAGUGCAGGACCACCACUCAAGCUACUUGGUCCUAUCCGCUCUCAUGACAAAGUCCAGUCAUCCUACUUAGCUUUGACAACCUAAAAUUACACUUCACUGGACUCGCAUAAUCUUGACUACAAUGACACUAUGAGGAACAGAGCAGACCAUUCGCAAUGAGGGCAUAGGUCCAGGAACUCAAUUCAUUAAGAGCUAAUCAGUGCCAGUCUCAUACUAAAGCAGACACAACAGUGAAGGUGUGUUUAUCCCAAGAAUGCAAGAAUGUUUCAGAAAAUGAUAAAUCUGUUCAUAAAUCAUCACCAGUAAAAUGAAGCUGGGGGGGUAAAUUUGGAUACCUAGACAGUAUUUCCUAAAUAUUAGUUGUCAUCAACUCAGUAGCCAAUAUUUUACAUUAAAUAUUAAAACCAGGUACUUUCUAUUAAUGUUUCUGAAAGCUGUAGUCAGUGCAGUAAAGAAUGACAAGGCCAGUACCAAAUAAAUACAGAUGGUAUACCAAAAUUAUGAUUUAUAAAUGGAAAGGCUUCCCAGUUACAGAUCUCUCCCACCCCACCUACCAUACACACAGGAUGCUGCUUGCUGCACACCCCUUUUGAGAGAGGCAGCUUUCACCUCCAGAGCCUUUACAUUUUGGGGUUUGGAAGUAGGAUAGUACUCUUCUUGUUUCUAGACUGGUCUCCAUUAAUACCUCCUCUGCACACCUGAAAUGAGCCAGCAUAGAGCAUGGAAAUUAAGAAGGAACCAGGCUGACUGUGGUACCUCGGUUCAGGAAUGCUAUUAUUUGCAAACAAUUUGGUUCACAGAGCAUUUGGCAAAAUUUUUUGUUUGCAAACUCUGCAUCAGAUGAUAAACACAACCAUGGCCGUCUUUCCCACAUAAAUGUGGCCAUCUUUUCUAAAAUCAGAACAAAUUUAAGGUCGUGAGCUGAAGUACUGCAGUUUCUUUUUUCUUUUUUUUAUUUUUUUUUUUUAACUACUGCAGUUUCUUUCACUUGUGUCUCUGUUUCUGUAACACAGGUAAAAUGAACUUGUCCUACAGUAUUGUUCCAAAGAUUACAUAGCUUUUACAAAGUGCUUACAACUACUUAGCAUAUAGUAAACAGGUGUUUGUUCAAGAAGAGCCUCUUCAAUUUACGAUUUCUUGUCCCAGUAUUUUUAGUCCCCACCUUGGUCAUUCCAUGUAAACUGAAGAUUUCAGCUGCCCAUUCCCUGCCAACUACAAAGUAAUUUCAUACUCACUGGUGAUUUCAGCAUCUGUGUGAUGAUCUCACACCACUCCCUACCCGCAGCUCCUUGAACUCAGUGAGAAGACACUGCCAGCUAUGGUCUUGCUGUGGGGCCCUGUCCUUUGAAUUACAGGCACUGUGACUCGAGCUCAGUGCUGAACGUCUCCCUUUCCCAGUAAUCCCUUAGCCUCUUGACACUUCACUCCCAGAAAUCCUCUGACCCCUCCAAGAUGUCAGACCAUUGAUUCUGUCUUUCCCUCAUGCCUUUACUUUUGCUACAGCUUCAAUUUUGUUGCCAUCCUAUAUUAGUGACACCUUCAUGGUGUCAUCCUUCCAUCCUCUCUGCUGGCUCCUCCCAGACGUGGAGGCCACUGCUCCUUUCUCUGUAGGCCACUUCCUCUGCUGUGUCCUCAUUUUCCUGACCUCUUGAUGUCGCUACACUUCAAUGCUCGGAUUAAGUCUGCCCUUCUUUUCUCUCUGCCUUUUAUCUCAUGACCGCAUCGACUUGCAGCUUUCCAGUUACUCCCUUAGUUUGGGUUCUCUCAGGAAAGAACCUGGAGCAGUGCUUCAAGUGACAACAGUUAGUGGGAGACCAACUGGUACGCCAGCUUCCACGGUGGACAGUCGCAGCUUAAUCUCAGAACGACUGGGAAAUUAGGUGAAAUACACACUUCAGCAUUAUCUUGCCUGUGGGGCAAGAGCUCGGGCUGUUCAUGUGCCAACCUCUAGUUACUGAGGGACAUUCCAGCCUGGCUGGCUCUGUGCCAGCAGAGCUGCCUCCCACAGUUUAAAAACAAAAGCCAAACAGGUACAGAUCAUGGCGGCAGCACGGGCAGUUCCUAGGCAAAGUGUGAGAGCUGCAGCAAGCCACCAGUACACUGUGACUCCGAUGCCCGUCUUUGGGCCAGAUCCCUAAGUCCCGACUUACUCAGCCUCCUGUGGGCAGCUGGACACCCAUAUGCUCUUGAGUGACACCCAAAACAGGACGACCUCAAACAGUCAUCCCCACCAAGCAUGUCCCACAGGUUUUCAAUUAAUGGCAACUCCAAUCUAACAACUGCUUAUGCAAAAAACAUGGCAACUGGGGCCAGGAAUUUAGCUCAGUGGUUCCUCCGCCUGCCCCGCAAGCGCAAGGUUCUGAGUUCGAUCUUUUUUACAAAAAAAAAAAAAAAAACAUGGCAACAUCCUUGAUUCUCGUGUUUACCCCACACCAAUCCAUCAUUUAACACUAUGGGUUCCAUUUUCAAAAUGCUUCCAGGAUCUGACCAUGACUUCAACAAGCUGCACUGCUGUAGUCCGAGCUACUACUAUCUCUAAUGUAAAAUAUCUUGAGUACCUGCCUAACUUCUCUCAUUGACUUAGUCCUUCUCCCCACUGUUCUCAAUGCAGCAGCCAGAGAUCUUUUUAAAAGGUACAUUAAGGGCCAGGGAUGUAACUCGGUGGUGCUGCUGCCUGCCUCACAAGCACAAGGACCCAGUUCCAUCCCCGGUACCAAAAAAAUAAAAGUUACAUCAAGCAAAUGCAGUUUUUCUCACAGGGGUACAGGGAACAGCUCAGAAACUUUUAAAAGUGCUCCUUGAUAUACAUGGAGUUACUACACAUUAUAAGCUGAAAAUUGAGUUCAAAAACACUAGACUGAAUUGAAUAGAAUGAAUCUGCCAAAUACCAUAGCAACACGGUCCCUCAAGUACAGAGUCUCUUGUUCUCAAGAUCACAGGGCUGGUGGGGUCACUGCUCUGCCCAGCAUCAUGGAGGAGUACAGCAUAGCACUGGUCCAGCAAAGGUUCAAAAUUCAAACUGUACAGUUUCUAUUAAGUGUACGUUGCUUUCAUACUGUCAUAAAGUCAGUUCAAAAUUAAACCAUAGUCAUAAUGGAUCUGUGAAAUACAAUAAAAAUAGUGUUUUACAAAUACUACACUGAAAAACAUUGCCGUUCUCAAAAUACUCUCCCUUUGAACACAUCCCAACACUUGCCACUUACUGAGAUAGCUCUGGAAGCACUCUUUCGGGAGAGUUUUUAGUUGCACUGCUGUGGCUACUUUGAGAUCAUGAAGUGAUUUGAGGCAUUUACCUUACAUGGUUUUUUUGCUUUGGGGAGCAGUCAGAAGUUGCACAGUGCCAGAUCAAGUGAAUAAUAAGGUAGAUGAAGACACGUUUUUACGAGACUGCCUCUCCCCUGGAUGCCAUUUGGCAGCAGCAUUUGUCAUUUUUAUCAUGCCUCGUAAGGUAUGAAGAGGACCGCUGGAACUGCUUUAGAAAGUGGCAAGCAUGGUGGGCUGUGUGUCUGAAGUGAGGGGGAAGAUUUUGAGAGCUGAUGGCAGUGUAUCUUUUUUAGAACAAAACAUUCACUGUAUUUUGAUCACUGCUGUGUAUACACUAAAAUACAUAAACAUGAUAACUACAUUUUCUGAGUAGACCUAUAACAAGGAAAGAUAUUAAAUAGUAAUUAAACAAAACACAGGGCCAGGAUUUAGCUCUGUGGCGCCACACCUGCAUCCCAAGCACAAGGUCCUGAGUUUGAUCCCCAGUAAAAAACAAAAUUCCAACAAAGCAAACCCCAGGCCCAGUGGUAUGUAUCAGACAUUUAACAGAAUAAUAUCAACACUUCUCAGACUCCUUCAAAAAUAGAAAAGGAAGGAAUACUACCCAAAUUCUACAAGGUCAACAUUACACUGAUAACACCAGACAUAAUACCACAGGAAAGGAAACCAGAGAACAAUUAUGAAAUUAUAUGUUAGCAAAAUAAUAGCAAACCAAGUCCACCAAUACAAAAAUGUACAGAUCACAAAAGAAAACUUUGGUAACCUGGGCUGCAUCAAAAUUUAAAACUGCGUCAAAGGAUACAAUCAGUAGGACACUUGCAGAAUGGAGAGAAAUAAUUUGCAGAUUAUAGUAUAUCUAAUGAGUUAAUAUUCAAAGUAUGUAAAGAACUCAACAGUGCAACAGUAUUUUAAAAAUUACUUGGGCAGUGGGUUUCAACAGGAAUGCCAAAGAAGACACAUGACCAAAAGCACACAGGAUGGUCAGCAUCAGUAAUUAUUAGAGAAGAGCAAAUCAUAACCACAGUGAAAUGCACCUUGCACCCAUUAGAUUAUCACCAAAAGAAGACGGGAAGUAGGGAGAAAAGAGAGAAAAGGAGCAGCGUUGGUGAGAGUGUGGAGACUGGAAUCUUCAUGUAACGUUAGCAGAGUGUAAAAUGGUGCCACUGCUGUGUGGUUCCUCAAAAAUGCAGACGUUUCUAAUAUAAUUCCUUAUAAUAGAGUUACUACAGGAUUCAUCAAUUACAUUCUGGGUGUGUAUCUGAAAAUUUUAGAAACAACAUAAAGACAGGUUUCAGUUCAAAAGAAGGAAAAGCAGUGUCUGGAAGAUAAACAGGCACACCCUUACUGCCAGCCUUACCGUAGCCAAGAGGUAGAAGCAGCCCACAUAUCUAUGGAUAGAUGAAUAAAACGUAGCAUUUGUGCAAUAGGAUCUUACCUUUAAAUAAGGAAGGAAAUUGUAACAUGCUACAGUGUGUAGGAAGCAUGAGGAUAUAAAGCUAUAAAAUAAGCCAGUCGGUAAAGGACAAAUAUUGUAUGAACCUGUGUACAGGAAGAACCUAGAGUAGCCAAAUUCAUAGAGACUGAAGUGAAAAGGCGUUCACAAGGGGCCAAGGGUGAGAGUUUUAAAUGGCAUGGUUUCUGUUUUGCAAGAUGAAGAGCUCUAGAGAUCGGUUGCACAACAUGAGUGUACUUGAUCAUGAACUGUACCCGUUAGUGAUUUAAGAUGGUAAAUUUUAUAUGUAUUUUACCAUAAUUAAGUGAAAUACAUAGACACUGAACUAUAGCUAUGUCCAAGUAUGUAGGUUAGUGUGUGUACAUGUAUUGUUAUGUCCACCAAGAGGGCUGAGAUGGGAAGACACCUGGUAGUGAUGAGCACAUUUUUUGCCCUGAUCUUGAUUUUAAAAUACCCUCUUUAAGGAAGCCUGCCUCCCUGGAGAAGCAGCCAAUUCAAACAAUAUAGGACCUAACCUGAAAUAACUCCUAAUGACCAAGGGGGAACAGUUUUAGAAACAAUAUAAAGACAGUUGUCUUAGUUACUUUUCUCAUUUCUGAGACAAAAUAUCUGACACCCAAAAUUAAAGGAG